AUGUCAUCGGCUCAGCAAGGACGUUUUACUCGCCCGGACAGUAUUUUUCGAAAUUUUAUCUCAAAGGACCCAAACUCGCGGUUUCCAGCGGAAAAGGGCCGCUAUGCGCUGUACCUCUCUCCAGGGUGUCCAUGGGCCCAUAGAACCAUAAUCGUACGGCUCCUAAAAGGCCUGGAUUCUAUCAUUGAUGUCUACCAAGUCCAUUUUCACAUGGGCCCCGAGGGAUGGUACUUCAGUGGAGAAGGAGGUUCUCUUACUGAAGAUCCUUUACACGGAUUCAAGAAACUUAAAGAACUGUAUCUCAAAGCGGAUCCCAACUACACUGGUCGAUAUACAGUGCCUGUAUUAUGGGAUAAAAAGGCCGACGUCCUAGUCAAUAACGAAUCUUCAGAAAUUAUCCGUAUGCUCUACUCCGAAUUCGACGAGUUCCUUCCGGAGGAUCUCCGUGAAGAAAACCGUCCUGGAAAGGGUCUCUAUCCGCAACAACUCAGAGCUGAGAUUGACGAAAUGAACGAUUGGGUGUACAACACUGUCAAUAAUGGUGUCUAUAAAGUCGGUUUCUCCAAAUCGCAAGAAUCGUAUGACGAAAACAUCCGUCCACUAUUCGCGUCUCUUGACCGCCUUGAAGAACAUCUUAGUCAUGGAAAACCUUUUCUCCUUGGAGACUUCAUUACUGAGGCCGAUAUACGCUUAUACACAACCUUGGCACGCUUCGACGUUGCCUACCACAGUGUUUUCCAAUGCAACCUAAAGUCAAUUCGGCAUGACUAUCCCCGACUUCAUUCCUGGCUUCGGAGACUGUAUUGGGAUCAGGAUGAAGAAGGGCCACUUAGGGCUGCCUUUUAUCGCACGACAGCACCCAAUAUUGGGCGCUAUGCGCUGGGAUAUGCGGAUUCUAAAUGGAGAAUUGUCCAGGAGAGCCAGGGACCUCUAAUAGUACCAGCUGGGCCAUUAGUGUUGAUGGAACCUUUGUAA